AUGGAUGCAACGGUGGGAAACGAGGGAAAAGACUCAGAAUCAAAAUAUAAGAAGUUCGAAGUUCAUGAAGGUAUCAUUUUUUGCGUUGAGCUCUCUGAAGCUAUGUUCAAAGAGCCCUUUGAUCUCAACAAAGUUCAACUCCUCGAAAUACUGGAAACUCUUCUCGAGCUCAUGACACAAGUCAUAAUAAUCCUGCCCGGUACAGGAAUUGGAUGCUUCUUUUUCCAAUGCAGUCAUGAAGGUGCAAAAGGCGGCAUCUAUGAGUUUUUACCCUUGCUUGACGUCAAUGCUAGAAGCAUGAAGAAGCUCAAUGAUCUACUUGACGAUCUAAAGAUGAAUAUUACUACUUUAAAUGAGCAAUUCCCAUUCAAUGACAAGCAAAACACGUCGCUUGAAGCAGUAUUUGUACUUUUGCAGGAGCAGUUUUCUCGAAGCGUGCAGGGGCAGAAAGCCUAUAAUAACAAGAAGAUAUUUCUAUUCACCGAUAAUGACCGUCCAAAAGAGUCAGACGACCGUGAAGCUAAAAACAGGCUUCGGAAAGUCAUCGAUGACCUCGAUGAUUCAUUCAUAAACAUCAUCCCUUUUUUUGUUGGUUCUGAGCAGAGACCUUUUGAUCAAAGCUUCUAUAGCGACAUACUUAAGCUGGGUGCAAAGAAAAAAGCAUCAGAUGGCCCCUUUAAGUAUGAAGGCCCUAACACGACGCCAAUAAGCGCUAAGCUCAUUAAAUCUCGCGUGCUUAGAAAGAAGGAAAUCAAAAGAGUUCGCUUCCAAUGUUCUUUAAUACUUAACGAAGCCUCAGACUUUCAAGUGUCAAUCAAAGGGUACACAACAAUAUCCCACGAAAGAGCAGGCUCAAAAUACAAACAGGUAUAUGAUCAUGACGGACUACGGAAGGAAGCUUUGUCCCACCGCAAGUAUUUGGACGCCAAUACAGGAGAAGAUGUCACCGAAAGAGUUGUCAAAGUCUUCAAGUUUGCCGAGGUGGAUAUUGAGCUUUCAGAAGACGAGAUCGCAAAAAUGAAUAGAGACUAUUCUUCUUACGAUUCGUUCCUGAAACUGGUUGGGUUUCGAGACACAAAUAGAUGCGUGUUUUACUUCAACAACAUCAGCAACAGUUCUUUCGUUGUUCCGGAUGAUUCUGUAUUUAAAGGUUCCAUCAAAACAAUGGCAUCUUUAUUCAGAAAACUCAGAGAGAAGCAAAAGUCUGCUGUAGUCUGGGGGAAGCUGAAAAGUAAUUCCAACCCGUCAUUGUACACUUUGACACCUUCAAACUUCAAUGAUCAUAACGAAGGAUUUUACUUGACAAGAGUACCUUUCAUAGAUGAGAUACGAAAGUUCCCCCCCACAGCCUAUCAUGGGAACUUGUCCAAAACCAAAACCUUCGAGCAAAUGUGCAAAAUCACAGAAACGCUGAUAAGCUAUUUUAGUUUAAGACAUUCCUACAGACCUUCUGAUUUCGAAAACCCAACUCUUCAAAAGCACUUUGAAUUAUUGCAUGAUUACCUACUACAAGUCGAAGUUGACCCCACUUCAGGAUCCAAAGAGCACCUUUUGAAGAAAGAUGAUACUCUGCUAAAGCUACACCAGGUACGAGCAAAAAUACUGGAGUCAGCAGAAUCAGACGACCCGGUUCAGGCCAGACUCAGUAAUUAUGUAAAGGCCUGGAACAGCAUGUAUAAUCGAGAACUCAACGGAGAUCUGGAGCCUGAAACUACUUCCAAGAAAUCAAAGAAAUAA